AUGUCAGUGGCUCACACCGCAGGUCAUCUUUUGCUGAUACUGCUGCUGACAGAAGCCAGGAAGACUCUGGGCAAUGCCCAUUCUCUGUGCCUUGACCUCACUAUCAAAUCUCAGUCCAAAUCUGGCCAGCCCUGGUGUCAAGUCCAGGGCUCUGUGGACACAAAGCCUUUCCUCCACUAUGACAGUGACAGCAACAAGGUCAAACCUUUGGGUUUCCUGGGGAAGGAGGUAAACGACACGAAAGUGUGGACCGAAUUGAGCCAAACACUGGCAGAAGCAGGAAAAGAGCUCAAGAUGGUCCUGCCUUUCAUCAAACUGGACAAAAAGGAGACAAGGGGUCCUCCCACCCUGCAGGUCAAAAUGUGCUGUCAGCGUGAAGCUGAGCAAUGCUCUGGUGCAUCCUUGCACUUCAGCCUCAAUGGACGGACAGCCCUCCUCCUUGACACCAUGAGCAUAACCUGGACAGUCAUCGAUCCUGGAGCCACAGGCAUCAAGGAGGAGUGGGAGAACAACCAGGAACUGGCAGAGUAUUUCAGGAAGAUCUCAGCAGGAGACUGCAGCUAUUGGCUUAGGGAAUUCCUGAAACACUGGGAGAACAUGCUGCUCGCAGAGCCCACAGAACCGCUAAUAAUGGCCCCAGAUAUCAGCCAGUCUGCAUCCAUCCGACUGGUUGCUUGCAUGAUCCUGUGGAUCAUCACCCAGUUAGUUCUAAUUGCUUCAUCGUCAUGAAUCUUAUGAAGAUAUCAGGCACCACAGCAGGGGCCCAAAUGUGGUGAAGUCCUACCAUUAGGUGAAGGAGAC